UAAUUAAUAUUAACAAAAAAGCUUAUUCAUUCAUUUAUUUUAAACAAACAAUUAAACAAAAAGAUUGAAAGCUUAAUAAAUUACAUAAUAAAUAGAUAGAUCAAUCAAUCAUUUUAUCUACAAAUUACUGUUAGCAAAACAUUAAAAUAGCGAAGAAUAAUGCAAGGCUUAAAAUUACCGUAUUAAAAGCAUGCAGAUGAGGAUGAAGAAACAAGUCCUCAAAAUGCAUAGAUUGUUAACAAUGAGAAUCAUGAAACAAAUAGGUCUUGUAUUAUUGAGGAUAAUUCUAAAAAAAUGGAAACAUAAUUUAAUUAAAGCUAUAUGGUUACCUACACACAAGGCAAUAUGACUACUAAUUCAAACAAUAUAAGCAUUUCGAAAGUAGAUCUUAAUUCUAUUUAGGGAAGGUAUAAAUCAGCCAAUAAAUAGCAGAGUUAAGACAUGUAGGAAUUCGUUAUGGAUAAUAAUAGCUUGCAAAAUAAUGAAGAUAAUAGAAAUGACAACAAUUAAAUUAUUCCUUUGGAAAUUUAAAACGAAAUGAUUGAUUACCAUAUGAAGAAUUAGAAUGGCAAAUAGCAACAAAACUCAAAGAAAACUGCAAAGUAGCUUUAAUAUAAAAAGAGAUAGGCAGAUUUGCAUAUUGAAAUACCCAAUUCGGAUGAAGAGAGAAAAGCUAAGCAAGAUGCUUAUAACAAAAUGGUUGCCUAAUAAUAAAUGAUAAUGUAGAAUGGAAAUGGUAAUAGUAGUAAUAGACGUUAAUUAAACCAAGACAGAGAAAAGAAAGGAGAAGGUAUGGAAAAUUAAGAAAGUGCUAGAGUUAAUGAUAUCAUAAAAAAUAACUAAAUUGAUGUAGAAAAUUUAGAAACUAUUUAAAUUGAUUAUGAUUUCGAAACAAUUGAAGGUCUCACUGAUGACUAGUGCUUAGAACUUUACUGCGAAGGAAGUGUCAAACUGAAAAAUUAGUCACGUUUGUUUUGCAAAUUAGCUUAUGAGCACUUGCUUGUAGAGAAAAUACGCUCAACAACAAGAUUAGUUUACACAAAUUUAGGAAUUGUGAACAACGGCAAUUUGAAUUCUAGCGAUUUUAUUUCUGAAUACAUAGUAGGACCAUUAAAAAGAGAAAACACUAAAUUUAGAACAUAAGAUAUUAGUGAAGCAUUUACAGUUUAAUGCUCUGAUUACAUACAUUUCAACAUUAAAAAAUAAAUAAGCAGAGCAGUUAGAUUGUUUAUUGUUUUAUCUGUUAUAAUGCUUGUCUCUUUCAUCCUUAAAAUUUAAGAUUCUGCAUAUGAAAAAGACGUCACACUUUAAAUAUGUUUUAUCCUAUUGGGACUAAGUUAAUUUGCUUCAACUUACUUUUAUGUAUCAGGGAUAUAUGCGUGUAGCAAUGAAUAUAUAAGGAAAGGUAUCUUCUUAAAUUAACUCUACUUCUUUGCCAGCAUUGGCCAAUUUAUAUUUGAAAGCAUAGCUCUCAAUUAUUUUAGCCAAAUAGCAAAUAACACUAUUCAAACAAGAACCAACUUUAAGCAAGUCAUAUUUUAUUAUUUCAGCUUCAUCAUUACUUUUAUCGUCUGCCCUUAUUUGUAUAAAAUUAAUAAAAAUACUACCUCUGCCGUCCGCAGAAUAAUUAAAAUUGUCUCCGACGAAUACAUUGAUUGA